AUGUCAUCUCAUCAAGAUGUUGGGAUAGAGCUCCAACCAAUCGCUUUCCCUUCAAAAACAUAUCACCAUCUCUCCAGCACCCUCACCAUCCACGAAACAUCGGCCCCUUAUAUCCAGCAUCACUACACUCCCCAACAGCUUUACUCAAAUUUCCCCAUUCCAAAAUAUCCCUCACGCAUCAAGGCUAUUCGUGUUCUCGACCUUGACCCACUACCUCCGUCUUUCAUAGACGAUUCGACAUCAAGACCAUCCUUCGCUCAGGAGCAGCAACCCCUAACCGGCACUCUCCGCACAAUUAACUUCGCUACUUGUCCUGAUUUCACGGCCCUAUCCAAUGUCUGGGGGCUCCCUUCUGAUGAAAAUUUCAUCACAAUUCGGUGUGAUGGUAGUGGUGGGCAUGAAGGCAGCGGGAUAUGCAAAAUACCGAUACCCAGAAACUGUCGAGAUGCACUGGUUUCUUUGCGGAAGUUGCACAGUUGCAGUUCUGAAAUUCGAAGCAGCGGAAGCACGAAUGAAAGCAGGGAAGCAAAGGCGCCGGUGCUCGCGAUCUGGGUGGACGCCAUAUGCAUCAACCAGCAAGACGAGCGGGAAAUGCCCGAACAGAUCGCCCUGAUGGGCGAGGUGUAUACUUGGGCUUCCAAGGUAUGGGUUUGGUUAGGUCCUGCUGACUCUAAAGGCGACAGAAAGGUCAAAAGAGCCAUCGUCGGCUUGAAGCGAGCAGCCAAACUCAGAGCGACACCUCCAGGUAUGCCUUGGAUCGACUCCUCCAUGCAUCUGAAGCAGCAAGGCCAAGGUCCGCGUACCAUCUUUCAAGAUAUCCUCCUUUCCUCUCUUUCGCUCGCCAGAAUCUUUUCCCGCCUCUGGCUCCGCGAAAUGUUUGCGCAAAUCAAAGCAUUCUUCUUUAUGUGCUGCGGCUGCUUUAUGCCCCUUUCCCCAGAUCUCCUCGAACCCAACGACCUCGAAUAUCUCCUGGAUCGAGAAUGGCUACACCGCGCCUGGACAUUCCAAGAGAUCAUCCUCGCCAGCAACCCCAUCAUCCUCUGCGGCAACGAGUCCAUCACCUGGACAGAGCUCCAGCAAGGGCUAGACUGUCUCUCCUGCCUCAAACCAACCUUCCUGAUCCGUGGCUUUCAACGCUUCAACCCCCUCAAUAACGACAUCCACUCAGCCAACGACGUGCCCACGCUCUUCAAAAUGGACAUUCUCUCUCCCCACUUCCGCUUCCCCGGCCCUUCCCCCGCAAACUCCCAAGUCGUCAAAACAUGGCAAGCCCUCCUGCGCGUCUGGCGUACAGUCGACCGCCCCAUGACUUGGAAUGGCCGCGUCUUUCGCGCGAUCCCUUCUUCUUCUUCGCCUUCAUCCCGGACCACCCAAAUCCAUUCCGAUACUCACUGCCAAACCGGAAUACCCACCACUACCACCACUACAACAGCAACAACAACUAUUCACAACUACACCACCGCCCACCUCCUCCCCUCCUCCCGCCUCUGGUCCCUCCUUCUCCGCCCCUUAAUCCUCGCUUUUUUCCUCUCCCCCUUCACCCUCUUCGCCUCCCUAGCCAACCGCCUCUCUCGUAUCAACGCCACACGCUCUCACACUCCUCCCUUUUUACCUUCCUGGCCCGCUUUUCUCGCGAUCCCGUACAUUAUCCUCAUCUUUCUCUCCUGCUUGAUUUGGUCUUUUACCCCACUGUCCGAGAGGGAGGUGAAUGAAAAAGAGGAGGAAUAUGAGGCAAGAAAUGCGCUGGUGGCUGUUGUCAGAGCGCGAAGGGAGCGGAACGCGACGGAGGCAAAGGAUAAGAGCUUUGCCAUGAUGGGUGUUUUGGAACGGCUGGGAAUUUUCCUGAAGCCAGUGGAUUACAAGAAGAGUCUGAGAGAGGUGUAUCAUGAGUUGUUUGUUGGGUUGUUGAGGAGGGAGCCGGCGCUGAUUGCAUUGCUGGUGGAUAUUGAUGGGAUCAGCGAGGCAACAAGAAGGGGAGCAGAAAUGGAAAGGGAACUGGAGGGAGCACCGAGUUGGGUACCCAACUGGAGUCAACUACGCAAAAAACACUGGGGUGACUACGACGAGGCGAUAUAUCAGCGGAUACAAUUGGGGACUUCUCCCUCAUUACCUGCCCCUGCCCCUGCCUUUGCCCCUAGACAAAAUGACAGGGCCCUCAUGGUCCAAGCCGUCAUUCUCUGCCGCAUAACCUACGUCUCUUACCCAAUCGGCAGUAGCGACUUCGGGUCUCUCCCUUCCCAGGAACAUUUCCCAUCUUCCUCCCAUCAUCAUCAUCUCCUCCGCACCUCCCUCACCACCAUCGACGCCUGGCUAUCCGCCAUUAAGCUCUACGCUCCAUCCACACCGCCUUACCAUUUCAAUCCCACCGCCAUCUUCAAGACACUCUAUCCGUUUGAGUGGCAGUCACCUAAACCUAAGAACGGUCAAGGUCGUGGCAUAGUCAACGCCCACUUCCAAGUCUGGAACGAGAUCCUCAACGGUAGUCAGUCCGAGUACAUGUACACCCCCGACCAUCGACAACAACUCAUCGACGAAGUCUUACAAACCCCAGAGGCGAGACAUUUUACUUGUAACGUCUGUGAACGGUUUGCUGGGGAGACGAGGUUGUUUUUAUCACAAGCUGAUGGAUUUGUAGGGAUGGGGUCCAAGGGAAUGAGGAGAGGGGACGUUGUUGCUUUGAUUAGGGGGGUUGGGCAGCCGAUGAUUUUGAGAGAGAAAGAGAGAAGUGGAAGUGGGAAGUUUACGGUGGUUGGACCGGCGUUUGCGUGUCGGUUGGCGGAUCUGAAUACGUUCAGGUCGCCCCCGGGCCCGGAGGUGGUGGGGGCGUAUAAUCCGGCGAGGGAUGGGAGGGUAGUAUGGAGAGUUUUGUGCCUUGUUUGA